AUGGCGCGACCAGACAGCAUUGAAAGACAGUGCUGGUGGAAGGAGCACCAGUUGACCUCUGCAGCCCUCCAGAGUCCAGACACCCCACGCCGAAGCCAGCACAGUGCUCCCAUUUGCCCUCUUACAGCGAGUGCCAAGGGCAUCCUGCGCAGGCCAGACAUGAUGGCGCUUAGACAUGAGAGACACCAGACCGGCUAUAUUUGGCAUAGGCUCGGCAGCCGGACAUUAUGCGAUUCGCCAUUCGCGCACGCCAACAGUUGGAGCCUGGCAUCCCAACCAGACCAACUCGUCCUAGCUCAUGGCAGGGCUGUUUCGACCAUCAACGACGGACCAUCAACAACCCUCGACGACAACUCGACAAGUUACAACGCUCUCAACAACCAUGUCUGUCUCUCCUCGUGCCCCCUGUCACUUCUGGACGAGGGCCACCACCCCUCCGCCACCAGCCUAUCACAAAGUCCCUCCGACACAAUGCAUCAACGCCUCUGGCAGCGUGCAUGUAAACCGUCCAAUUGUUCUCGUCGUCUUCGCGCCCAGGUCGCCGUGUCUGAUAGUAUGGCCAAGCGACAGAUCUUAUCUAGCCAGGGUUUGAAGAGAGCUAGCCCUCGCCAGCGACCUUGCAAGACGCAUUGUGCCGAGUCCAUGGCCACUGUCUCUGCGGUCUGCGCUGUGAUGGGCUUGUGA